AAGGUUUUAGAUUAACAUUACAUUGAGUUUCGUCCACAUUCUUCUUUAUACUACGAUGGUUUGGCACGACGGUCUUCCGUAAAAAGGUUUGACGAUGCGAUCAGUCCUGUCCUUCUAUGUCGCCUAUGUGUUGUGUGCGUUACUGGGGAUAAUAUGUGUGGUGCUAGUGUCCUACUGGAAUGCCAAGUGGCGUGGUGGAUUCGCUUGGGAUGGCUCACCUGCACAGUUUAACUGGCAUCCAGUCCUCAUGGUAACUGGUCUUGUUGCACUUUAUGGAAAUGGAGCUGUUAUAUACCGCAUUCCGCUCACGUGGGGGCAGAAUAAGCUGCCAUGGAAGCUUCUUCAUGCAUCUGUGCUCUUAGUGGCACUUGUCUUGACUAUUUUGGGGCUUGUUGCUGUGUUUGACUUUCACAAUGCUAAUCACAUCCCCAACCUCUACUCACUACACAGCUGGAUCGGUAUAGCUACUGUUGCGCUCUUUGUUACUCAGUGGGUGAUGGGUUUUGCCGUAUUCCUCCUGCCCUGGUCUCCGAUGGCACUGCGCUCUUUUGCCAAACCUGCCCACGUGUGGAUGGGAGCAAUGAUCUUGGUUUUAAGCAUUGUAUCCUGCAUUUCAGGAAUAAAUGAGAAGCUCUUUUUCUCACUGAAAGGAACCACCAAUGGGACGCUGCCUUAUUCCAAGCUGCCAACAGAGGCAGUCGUUGCUAAUUCCUUGGGAGCCUGCAUUGUGGCUCUUGGAUUGGUUGUUUUGAAAAUUCUGUCCAAUCAGAGCUGGAAACGUCCAGACCCCAGUCAGGCGGAGGUUGAUUACAGGCCCUUACCGAAUGAUGACAGCUGAUGUCUGUACACACUCUGCAACCUUCAGUGCAAUUCAACAACCUCCGCAAUCCUGCCAGCUAUUACCUUAAUGUAUUGAAGCUUAUGAGUUGCACUGCUGGGACAGUGUAUGAGCACUGAUGUGUAGUUCAACCUCGUGCUAUUUAUUACUGAGAAACGUGCACUUUGAAAAUGAUUCCUUGGUAAUGGCAAAUGAUAUAAGAAUUAUUUUCAAUGCCACUGCUUGUGUUAUAUUUUAUCAAUCGUUCAGGAAGAUGACGUCUU